GUUUAACUGUAUUAAAUAGCUGCUGAGCCAUUCAUAGCGUAUACUUCUUGAGAGAUAUUAGAGGAGAAGAAGCAGUCUGACAGAAAUGCUGCCCUCAACUACAGAGCAGGUUGCCGUAACCGGGACCUCUAGUCUGGGCUCUUCGGCUGGUAAUGGCUCAGCCUUCCUGGACUCUGAGUUUCGUUAUGUCCUCUUCCCAGUUGUCUACAGCAUCAUCUUCAUCAUGGGCCUCUUCGCUAACCUCUACGUGCUGUUUGUCCUGCGCUGCCUCCGCGGUACCAGGGCCAUGGGGGAAAUCCGCAUCUACAUGACAAACUUGACCAUCGCCGAUCUCCUUUUUGUUAGUGCCCUUCCCUUCUGGAUUGGCUAUUACAGUCGGCAGGGUAACUGGGUCUACACAGACUUCAUGUGCCGGCUGACUGGCUCGUUGUUCUUCAUCAACACGUACUGCUCCAUCCUCUUCCUCGGGGCCAUCAGCAUCAACCGAUACUGGGCAGUCACCCGGCCUCUGGAUGUGGCCACCUCAGACCACAGAUGUCGUGGGAUCAUCGUGUGCGUUGUCAUCUGGGUUUUGACCCUGGCGAUGGCUAUUCCAUUUCUGGCAUCUCCAGGGACCAACACUGAUGAGAACAACGUCACUCGCUGUUUCGAGGGCUACCACCAUCGAACCGAUUCACAGAAGAAAACAGUGGCUGCCACUCAUUUUGCAAUAAUAGGAGUGUUUUUUGUGGUGUUUUUUCUGGUCGUGGUGUGUAAUUUCCUUAUUGCUCGAGCGUUGCUUUCUGAAAAUCCUCCUCAGUCAGGGUUCCGGUCUGCAACGAUCAUAUCCAGGAAGUCCCACAGGACCAUGUCCUCCUCAACUAAAAGCCCCAGGGGGCUGAAACUGAGAGCUCUGCAGAUGUUGUUUGCAGUGGUAGGAGUGUUUGCUCUGUGUUUCCUGCCUCACCAUGUAAUUCAAGGCUUCUGGACACUGGCGGUGUUGCAGAUCACACAGGGCUGGGGCCACGUACAGUGGGACCAGAAGACCCUUCAGGCACUCAACGACGCACAUCAGAUCACUUUGCUUCUUAUGGGCCUCAACUGCAUUUUGGAUCCUGUAAUUUAUUAUUUUGCCACACAGAAGUUCAGAGGGUUCAUCACGGCCCACAUUAAACAGUUAGUAAAGAGAGAGGGGUGCUCACAGACGCUAAACUCACAGGUCUCCAUGGACAGCAGGAAUCAGAGCCAGAGACACCAUAGUGAGCACCAGCAGCCCGAAAUAAAUUGAUUUAAACAGAWUUAAUACUUGUACAAAAGUGUAGAUAUUUGUUACUUGUGUGUGAAAGACUUUCAUGUUGCCCCUGYUWCAAKAUUACAUUUUCUUGCACCUCCAGAACUAUAAGCAGUUUCAGUGUURAUGUAGUUUAGUGUCACCCUCAGAAUUUCAUGUUGUUUCACACAUUUAUUUUGACAYUUUAUUUCCACACACAUUGYWCCAGUCCUUCCUGUGUGAAGAACAAGCUAAAAAGGAGAAGUUUUGCAAGCAGAAGUACAUCAGCAAAUCGAGUAUGRCUCUGAAAAUUCUGCGGGAGGACAGUUUAUCACUUUAGUGUGUGAAAUGAACUGAUAAAGCAGCAGACAAAAAUAUWUAAAUCCUCCCGCAGGGGUUGUUCUGCAUGAAGUGGGGGCACUAAAACAGUAGAGAAGUCAAGGAUAACAACCAUAUAUAGAGAGCUUAGUCAUCUCUUUUUGGUUGUUCUCACUAGAUUACACACACACUUCAGCUCAGUCGGCGUAAUCGUCUCACCUGACAUUUUAUUAGUAAAAUAUAUGAGAUUGUUGUCUCACAUCAGAUGAAUUACAGGUUUUUUUGGACUUUGCAUGGACAAGUUCUAUCUCAUAUUGUGAAACCAUGUGACGGGAGUGAUCAUGCUUCAGCUACGUUUCACCUCUGGCAUCCACUAUUGUGUAUAUGUCACAUGGUACAAAUCCCAUGAUUCAGUGUGACAACACUUAUUAUUAUUCACCUAUCUACUGUAUAUGUAUGAUACCGUAUUCUUACUGUGAGUUUACCUGCUGUUGUAAAACUGAUUUGUGACGCAUUUUGUAUUCAGUGUCUUUGGUUAUCUUGUAUGUUCCUCAAAUGUGUUUGUAAUGUCAUUUUAAACUUUCAGAAGGAAAUGGUUUUACUCCACAGUCAACAUUUGUGAUUAGAAUUUUAUUGUAUUGAUAUGAUUGAAGAAAAAUAAAAAGACAGUUUCGUACAAAUCAACAAGCUAGGAGGCAUCUCAGUCUGUGAACAAACAUGAAAAAAAGAAGAAUAAAUUACAUGCUUUUUGUGACACAAAUUACAGGUUUUAUCAAAAUUGUACAAACACAGACAAGGAAUGGACUCUUGCUGUUUUGUGUGAACAUUUUAACUAUUUUUACCACAUUCAGAUUGUGUUGAAUAAUUUCUGUCAAAUCAGAUUACAGUAAAUAAAAACAAAUAGCAAACCUCAUUAUUCAGGUUAAAGGUGAUGCUGAGCUCUUUCUGCAGAUAUUUUUCUGCUGAACAAAAUGCUGUUUUUUGGUCUUUUUACUGCAUAUCUCCACAUUCACAUGAACGUUCAUGAUAGACUUGAGUACACAUUGUCCUCGGUCACAUUGGUGGGGUCGAGAUCAGUGUAGUCUUGGCUGGUGUUUGUGUAAUUUAUGUACACAUCUCCGUCACUUUCAGUGUGUGGCAAACCUCCCCUGAUAAGUACAAAAUGUCAUCAGACUGUU